UUGCUUGUUUGAGGUUCCGGCAAGUGAAGAAUGUUUCUGUGACUGACACAAGUUUCUCGUUUUCGGACGGUUGCUGAAACUGACUUUUGAAGCGCUGUAUGUAUAAGACGGGAUUUUUCUCUACUAAAAAAAAGACAGAAAAAGAAGAACAGCCGCCAUAGUUUUCUUGUACUCUUGUUCAGUUAUCAACUUUUGGCCACGGAAUUCUCUAAUUCCUCUCGUUUUUGACCGUUCAAAGUCUUGCUGGUUGAAAAACCGGCUGAAAACAUUGUUUGGUGAGACACUCGAGUGCCCCCUCCCCAAAAUUAUAGAGAAUCCCGCGUUAUUCACGCUCCCGAUUCAGGGUUUCGUCGUAUUCACGAAAUACCCACUUACCGUGAAUUCCCCCCAACACUCGUGUUUGUGACGUUUUGUGUUACUUUGUUGUGUUCUUCUCUGAAAAAUCUUGGGUUAAUUCCUUUUAUUGAAUUCCCUGUGCCAUUUGGUUGUGUGAUGUCAACGGGCGUGUCAGAUCAGCGGAUGAGAGGCCAAGGAAGUCAACAACAAGUGAAUGGUCCCAAUAAGGAUCAACUUAACGACCAUGAAGACUUUUCAUCUUGGAGGAAUCAAUCAAUUCAGAAUUCGUACGUUUCCCCUACCGUAGCGACAACUGAUCAUUAUCUAUCGAGCUACUAUGGGCCUUCAUUCUCUUACCAACUGGACCAUGGAGCUUGGUCCAGCAAUUCUGCCACGGGAACAGGUGAUAUGCCCUUUUUGGGUGGAUAUGGAGCCCCUUCCCAUCAGGCUCAGCACCUUCACCAGCAAGACCCAUAUGGAAUUGAUGGCAUGUUUGGCCCUAGUGGAAGUUUCAGCAAUUUUGGUGGCCAGCCGGCUUUCGGUGGCGGCUAUGGUGUCGGUGCAGAAUACUCGACAUGGGAUCGUAAAGCGGCCCAUUACGACGACUACUAUCAAACAGGAAGAACUGCCGAUCAUCAAACAGCCUACGCUUCAUCGGCCCCUUCGACUGGCCGACAGGAGGAAUCCUCGUCAUCUCCGGGUGUGAAGCAAGUAGAACAAGUUAUGCAAGGACUGUCGCUUGAGACAGCUAAACCUGUUCAACAGGAACUGCAGCAACAGCAGUCUCAGCAACCGAAGAAGCUGACUUGGGCUUCAAUCGCCAGCCAGCCAGCCAAGCCACAACUGACAACCAAGAAAAAGUCAAUGGUUCCGCCGCCUAUGGUAACACCACGAACUCCAAGUUUGGAUAUUGGCACUUGGGAAAACAAGAACGGCGGUGGAGUUAAUCCACCCAGUUCAGCAUCAUCAGCUUCUCUUCAGCAUCAGGCCCUUGCCAUCCCCUCUACUGUUCAACCAACACCAGUCUCGACUGUUCAGCAACCGGUUUCAGUUCCGUCAAAAUCGGUAGGACAACCACAUCUGCCAUCUCAGCAACAUCAACAACAACAACAUCAACAACAUCAACAACAACAACAUCAACAACAACAACAUCAACAACAACAACAUCAUCAUCAUCAUCAUGCUCAACAGCAACAACAAUAUCAGCAGCAAAUUCAGCAGCAGAGUCAACAUAAUCAUCAUCAACAGCAGCAACAGCCACAACAACAACAACAGCAACAGCAGCAGGGCAACCAACAUCAGCAACAACACCAACAAGUUAAUCAUCAAAUACAACCGCAACCACGCCCAACACGACCUACUCCAUCUCCUGCUCCAGCCCAACCCGUUGGGCAUCAACAGCCGGUUGCGGUAACUCCGCCUAAAACGGCUGCUGCCCAAUUGGUUGUUGCGCCGACCGCUGCUCCACCAGCACCACCGACCCAAGCCAAUCCAGUGUUGGAAGAGUUGCAAUCAAAACACAUUUACAAUCCAAAAGAGUUUGAUUUGUCGGCCAAGAAUGCACGUUUCUUUGUCAUCAAAUCAUAUUCAGAAGAUGACAUUCAUCGAUCCAUCAAAUAUGAAAUCUGGUGUUCAACAGAACAUGGCAACAAGCGACUUGACGCCGCCUUCCGUGAAAGAGAUGGAAAGGGUCCAGUGUAUUUGUACUUUUCCGUCAACGGAUCCGGACAUUUCUGUGGCAUGGCUGAAAUGACGUCGGCAGUGGACAUGUCGUCGACCUUAUCGGUGUGGUCCCAAGACAAAUGGCGUGGUCAGUUCACCGUCAAAUGGAUUUAUGUUAAAGACGUGCCUAAUGCUGCGUUGCGCCACAUUCGGUUGGAAAACAACGAGAACAAGCCCGUUACCAAUUCACGCGAUACCCAAGAGGUUCCCGUUGAAAAGGGUCGUCAGGUGUUGAAGAUCCUCCAUUCAUACCGCCACGCAACGUCCAUUUUCGACGAUUUUAGCCACUACGAGAAACGUCAAGCAGAGGAAGAUCAGCGAAAAACAACAGCGCCCGUGUCCCCAUCUGGUGGUCACAGCAGUGGCAACGAUUACGAAAACGAAAGGGCCCCGCCACAACGAGAACGGGAACCAUAUAAUAGGCCUCAGUCUGAUCGUCGCGAUCGCGAAGGAUUCGAUCGUGCACCUGCGGAUCCGAGAGAUUUUCGUGGUAGAAGUGAUCGUUCCGGAUACGAUUACAGGGAUCGGGAUGGAUAUAAUAUGCGCGAUAGAGACAAUCGUGGUAGUAACACGAGAGACGGACCGGGAGGAUAUCGUCCAUCAGAUCGUGAUCGUGAUAGCCAACUUUAUCGUGGUGGUGAUCGUGGAGUUGAUCGUGGAGGAGAUCGUGGAGGAGAUCGUGGAGGAGAUCGUGGAGGAGAUCGUGGAGUUGAUCGUGGAGUUGAUCGUGGAGGAGAUCGUGGAGGAGAUCGUGGAGUUGAUCGUGGAGGAGAUCGUGGAGGAGAUCGUGGAGGAGAUCGUGGAGGAGAUCGUGGAGGAGAUCGUGGAGGAGAUCGCGGAGGAGAUCGCGGAGGAGAUCGCGGAGGAGAUCGCGGAGGAGAUCGCGGAGUUGAUCGUGGAGUUGAUCGUGGAGUAGAUCGUGGAGUUGAUCGUGGAGUUGAUCGUGGAGUUGAUCGUGGAGUUGAUCGUGGAGUUGAUCGUGGAGUUGAUCGUGGAGUUGAUCGUGGAGGAUUGUCUGGUAGAGGUGGAAACAUGCGAGAGAAUAUUUCUCGCCCACGCCACUAAAGAUGUGAUCCGGGAAAAGACUGUGGGACAAGUGUAAGAACAAUCUUUACAAACAAAAGUAAAUAAAAAAAAAAGGUGGGGAGGGGAUAAAGAACUUUUUGUGUUCACCUUCUCGACUUGGGAGGGUGUGUGUGUGUUUACCUUCUUUUUGUCUUCUUAAUCCAACACAUCUAAAUGUGAACACUUCGAACAGUAAACAAUCAAGAACUAAACAGUAAGGAACACUGUGGUGGCUUAAAAAGUGAGUGAUCAUGAGUGCUCAUCAAGAACAACUGGAGUGAAUUUGAAUCCAGAAGUGUUAUUUAAAAAGAAUAAAAGAUCAAGCAAGUCGUCUCUGCAACUUCAAGAUGGACAUGUCAAUCCCUUUCAAUGGAAAGAACAACAUAUGUUUAACCAAUUUUUAGUUAUUCAACAUUUUUGUCCUUGGUGUCAAAAGAUGUGUUAUUAUGUCCAUCUUAAGAAAUGCGUCGAAAAAUUCUCUGCAGACACCUGAACUGUUGUGUGUUCUUCUCCUUUAAUGUGUUUGGAUUCUUUAUAACCUGAUGGUUGCUGCUUCAAAAAGGCAUUAUUACAUACACGACUAAAAUAUU